AUGUGGUUGUGGGUGAUGGGAUUUAUUGUAGAGAUGGUCAGUGUUUGUGGUGCAGGCCUGUCCUGUGGUCUGCAGGCCAGAUUUGUUUCAGAAAGUCUGUAUAAAGAGGGAGAUGUGAUCAUUGGUGGUCUAUUUCCAGUUCAUGUUGAAGCACCAGAGCCUUAUCAUGCUUUUACUCAAAUAAAGCAUAUUUCUCGCUGCCAGGGUGUUAACCUUCGCUCAUACCGCUGGCUCAAAACUAUGAUCUUCACAGUGGAGGAGAUUAAUCGGGAUCCUGUCCUGCUUCCAAACAUUACUCUGGGGUACCUGGUAGCUGACACUUGCCUAGCUGAGGGCACAACACUGAGUGCUGCUUUAGCUCUGGUAACAGGGCAGGAGGGGACAGUGUCGGGAGCAGAAUGCAGCGGGGCACCAAUGGUGCCUGUCAUUAUUGGUGACGCUCGUUCCUCUGCCUCAAUAGUGGUGGCUGACACGCUCGGAGUGUUUGAUAUCCCCAUGGUGAGUUAUUUUGCAUCCUGUGCUUGUCUCAGUGACAGUCGCAGAUUUCACUCUUUCCUGCGCACUGUUCCCAGUGAUGCUUUCCAGGCCAAGGCCAUGGCCCGUCUGCUGCACCUGCUGGACUGGACCUGGGUGGGGGUGGUCGCAGGAGAUGAUGAAUAUGGUAAAAGUGGCGUGCAGCUUCUCUUGAAAGAACUGGAAAAUACACAAAUCUGUGUGGACUACCUGGAAUUCAUUCCAAAAUCACACUCACAAAGCAGGAUCAGGCGAACUGUGGAGAGGAUCCAGAGUUCCACAGCUCGUGUUGUGGUAACAUUUGCCAUUGCCCCUGAUAUAGGUGUCCUGUUAAAGGAAGUGGUGGUGCAGAAUGUGACCAACAGGCAGUGGAUAGCCACAGAGGCCUGGAGCACCUCUAUUCUGUUCUUUGACCCAGCAAGCAGUUCUCUCCUAGCCGGUACCAUUGGCUUUGCUAUGCGUCGGGCUGAUAUUCAGGGUCUUGGUGCUUUUCUUGCCCAGCUGAGCCCUGCGAAGCAGCCAAAUGAACCGUUUGUAAAAGAUGUUUGGAAAGAACUUUUUGGGUGCUCGCUGGCACAAGACUGGCAGCCUUCAUCUAAAACUCCAAAGUGCACAGGCUCAGAGAAUGUGGAGAAACAUGGCCGCAUCUACACAGAUGUUUCACAGCUGAGAGUCACUUACAAUGUGUAUAAGGCUGUGUAUGCUAUUGCCAAUGCUAUUCACAACAUGAUGGCCUGUCAGCCUGGUAGAGGGCCGUUUGAAAAUGGAGAAUGUCCUGAUGUGACCCAAAUAAAUCCCAGACAGCUUCUGCACUACUUAAAUGCAGUAAACUUCACAACACCAGUGGGUGAGCUGGUUUAUUUUGAAGGUAACCGUGAGCCAUCUGCCUCUUAUGACAUUAUGAACUGGCAUGUAGAUGAAAGCGGAGCAGUGAAUUUCGUCCAGGUUGGACAAUUUGAUGCAGCCAAAGGUCCAGGCCAGGAGUUGAACAUAAACCUUGAGAAAGUGGUUUGGGGAGGGGGCUGGGCUGACAAGGUUCCUGUAUCUGUGUGCAGUGCAAGCUGCCUUCCAGGCACUAGAAAGGCUGCACAAAAAGGAAAACCUGUCUGCUGUUUUGACUGCCUAUCUUGUGCAGCAGGGGAAGUCAGUAACAUGACAGACUCUACAGAGUGUGUGAGAUGUCCUGAGAGGUUCUGGUCAAACAUUGAAAGAACAAGGUGCAUCCCAAAGGUUGUGGAGUUUCUGUCUUUGCAAGAUACAAUGGGAAUUGUCCUGACAGUCUUAUCCGUCACUGGGGCGACACUAACCACAACUGUUCUGGCAGCCUUUUUCCAUUAUCGUGACACACCCCUUGUACGGGCCAACAACUCAGAGCUGAGCUUCCUACUAUUGGUGUCACUCACCCUCUGCUUCUUGUGUGCGCUGGUUUUUAUUGGCCGCCCUGCGCCGUGGAACUGCAUGCUACGUCACACCGUGUUUGGAGUGAGCUUUGUGAUCUGCAUCGCUUGCGUCCUCAGUAAAACUGUGGUGGUGCUGGUGGCUUUUCAGGCCACUCUGCCUGGAUCAAAUCUGAUGCAGUACUUUGGGCCCAUCCAGCAGAGGGCAGGCAUCUUCCUUUGCACACUGGUUCAGGUUGUGAUAUGUUUACUGUGGCUGCUGCUGGCUCCUCCUCUGCCCACAGAGAAUGCAGGAGGUGAGCUUGGUGCUCGAGUGAUCCUGCAGUGCACGGUGGGAUCUGUUGUGGGGUUUGUACUAGUGCUGGGCUACAUCGGUCUGUUAGCAGUGGUCUGCUUCCUGCUGGCCUUCUUUGCGCGAAAGCUUCCAGACAAUUUCAAUGAGGCAAAAUUCAUUACUUUCAGCAUGUUGAUCUUCUGUGCUGUGUGGAUUGCAUUUGUGCCAGCGUAUGUCAGCUCACCGGGGAAGUACACGGUAGCUGUGGAGAUUUUUGCUAUUUUGGCUUCCAGUUAUGGCCUGUUGCUGUGUAUAUUCACCCCAAAAUGUUAUAUAAUUCUGCUUAAACCUGAGAAAAAUACAAAAAAGAACAUGAUGGGUAGGGUUAUUUCUGUUGUACAGUACGUGCUGAAUUAA